CGUCCAAGUCUCCAGUUCAUCAGUUCAGGGUCAGCCCAGCACAGCCCAGCCACAGUAGGGUGUCCUGGAUUUCUGCAUACACGCGCACAGGCUUAAUUUCCACUUGGCUUCUCAAAGAUUUGACGAUUCCACUUUGCCAAUUUGUCUCCAGGGAGACUCUAGACCAGAGCUUGCUCUUUCUCUCUCCCUCUCUCCCGUCCGCACCGCCAACUUCCUCUCGAUGCGGCUCUCUCUCUCCACUGCUAAGUCCGGGUCCACCUGGUUGGACCGCCUCCGAACAGCCAAAGGCUUCCCCGACAACGGCGUCACCGAUCUCGACAUUUUUCUGAAAAACCCCAAUUUCCCCAACCCUCAAAGCCUCGACCCACGCUCGUCCGAUCCCGACACACCCAUUUCCGACACCUCCCCAAAUGAAGGCAAACAGUUCUUCGACAUAGUCACCGACGCUCUCCAUGAGCUAUUCAAUUUUGGGGACAAAUGCAUUAGUAAUUCCACAAAAUUCAAAAAAUCCACUCGCAAACAGCCAAACCCUAGAAUUUGCGCAUGCCCUAAUAAUCGGGCCCAUGGGAAUCACAAUGCAGCUUCGGAGAAGGUUACAUUGCUGAGGAGCGCGGAUAGCAACAGUGGAGUGGAGGGAGCCAAAGUGUUGGAUAAAUUGGAAACUGAUGAAGGGGAACGGGUGGAACGUGAUGUCGAUUUGGCAGGGUUUUCAAGAACGGAGGUGACGGUAAUUGAUUCCAGUUACGAGUUGUGGAAAUUUGAGAAGCUGCUGUACAGGAAGAAGAAUGUGUGGAAAGUGAGGGAUAAGAAGGGGAAGAGCAGCGAGGUUACGAGGAAUAACAAGAAGAGGAAGACGAGCGGGGAAGUGGAGGAGGAUCAUCACGGGAGAAAGAAGUGGAAGAAGAGCCAUAAGAAGGAGGGGAAUGCUGAGGCGUGUCAAUUGCCACUGAAUGAAAUUUUUCUGGUGGUGGUGAUCUUUAUGUUUAUUGGUUUCGAAUGGUACGGUGUAGUAUGGGUAUGCAUAACAAACAAUGGGCAUCUGAGCUGAGCUGCUGUUGUUCACAUUAAACUCACUAAGAUGAUCGUACCUGGUCGGCAAGAAGGAAAAUCACUCAUAUCAUAUCUUUAUAGUACCAUUUAUAAUAUAUGAUACUUUUACAGCUUGUUGUAAGAUCCUUGUCACUAAAUGGGGUAUGGGGUGACUGGGAACAUCUUUUUUAAUAUCUGUUUAUUCAGCAGAGGUGAAUUUUUGUCAAAAGAAUUCACAAAGUUUUGUGAGUUCCAUGGCAUCCGGCUACCUAUGACGGCACCAAGAACUCUUCUAGAGAAUUAAUCCAUUUUCAUGCAAAAAAUCAAGCUGCUGUAUGCGGUAUCGAUGUGUGCCUUGUAUAUGUAUGAUCUCUGUUAAUUCUAUUGGAUAAAUUGGCUUUUUAUAUCUAUAAAGUCAAAGCCCUUUUCUUUUGGAUGUCAGGGAAUGUAGGCCUUCUUCAAACUCCUGUGUUUUCAAUCAAGCCUAUGACUGAUUAUUAUUAUUCCGACUUCUCCUGCUUAUAAAAUUUGAGAUUCUUUUAUCAAGUAUUGUGAGAUACUUUGGAACUUUCUAAGAUAGUGUGUCUCAGCUGGGAGCUGCAGACAUGUCCAUGGGUUUUGUAGGCUUCAGUUUGAUAUAUUUGUCUUGUGCUAACUCUUUUGUUGCCUGGCUCGAUCCUUGUCAAUCAGAGGAAUAAAUCUGAAGUUGAGCAAGUUGGCCGAAGACCUGGUGUUGAAAAGAGUCAA